CAUGGCUUCCUCCAAGGACUCCAGGAACUGGAGAGCCAGCUUUAAGAAUUCUAGUGUGGAGACGAGCUCGGGUAUGCAGCCGGCCUGCGCUCACAAGGCCGGCCCGAUAGCUCAUGUCACUUUCGUUAUUGACUGUGCAACUGGGAAACAAGUCUACCUGGCAACACCCACGGUGCCACCGCAAGCAUCGAGAGCCAACCACGGAUGUGCCGCCCGGCCCAUGAAGACGUUUGUUGUGUUCUGUGGGACUCAGGACGACGUUUCCCUCAGUCGCAGACCCCUUGAUGGAGCCAAGGAUACCUUGCCACCCCACAGAGGACUCGGGGCUCCAGAUUUGCUUCCUGCCAGCCUACCCGGUCCCCAGGGUGAUCCUAAAGCCAAGGGGAGCUCCUUGAAGGCUGCAGCUACUAAAAAGCAUUCAACUCGGGAGACGGUCAAGCGCUCGCUGAAGGCCCUGUCCUGUAUCUGCGGGAAGGGAGAAUAGUUUGGUAGGAUCAGUCCGGUUCAGGGCAGGGAGGGUGGGGUGGGGUAAGGGGGGCUGGGGAUGCGGAGUCUUUUGAAGCCAAGAAGAUGCACUCAAUGCACCGAAGGACAUAAGAGCCAGUUAGGCCUCUUGAUCUCUUCCUCCUCCUCUGCGGUUCUCAGACGGGAUAUCAACCAAGCACCUUGUCUUGGGCGCUACUGCUGCCAGCCCCCGACCCCUGCCGUCCCCGCUGUCGCCAUCAUGGUUUUCUUGAGGCUUGGAAGAGGAGUAGGGUUGAACAAGUGACUAAAUAAAUAAAAAAACGAUGGUUUUGAGCA